CAGCUGUGCUGUGCUGUGUGUGUGUGCGUGCGUGUGUGUGUAUGUGCAUGUGUGUGUGUGAGAGAGAAUUGAAACGCCCGCUAACCAAAGUCAAGCGCUAGAUGGCGCUGCUGUCCGCGCGGGCGGCUUAUGUAGUUAUUGCGCGCGUUGUUGUUGCUAAUAAAACGCGCAAAAGCAAAUUAUAGCUGCGACCAGCAGCAGCAGCAGCAGCAGCAACAAAUAAAUUUAAAUUUAUUACUUAGCAUAACAAAAUCAACAACAGCAACAACAGCAACAGCAACAAUCGCAGCAACAACAACAACAACUGUUUAGUUUCGCGAACGCGUCUCUCUGUUUUCGGUUGUCGUCGUCGUCGUCGUCGUCGCAAUUCGUCAGUCAGUUGGUUGCACCUGUAACGCAACGGUCGCUAUGUAUCGUCGUCGUCGUUUGGCAGCCGCUAGUUUCAUCUUCGAAGUGGGCAAAUCGUUUGCCAGCACGGCAGCAGCAACAAUUGCCGCCAAGCAACAGCAGCAACAGCAGCAGCAACAUAAACGGUUCAACGGCAACUAGUUGCAGCAGAGACUUAAAUAAGCAAAGACCACGAACAAGAAACUUGAACCCCUCGCUCCUUAAAAAAAUACCAAAUAAAUACUAGAACUUUUUUUUUCAUUUGUCAAAUAAUCCAAAAGUAUUGUCAGCAAAACUGGAUUAUUUGCUGAAAACUUUACGCACGCUGAAAUCCAAUUCGAUUAUGGCCGAGAAUCAAAGCGCUGCCAACGAAGAUUCCGGUCAGCAACAGCAGCAACAUCAUCAUCAACACCAGCAACAGCAACAGCAACAGCAGCAACAAGUCAGCACAGCGGCAGCAACAAUUGCUAAUAGCGGUCAGGCCAGCGGCAGCAACUCGGCCGCCUCCUCGCCCGAAAGUUCACAGGAAACGCACACAAUUGUUGCCAACACAACAGCAACAGCUGCCGCAGCAGCAGCAGCCGGCAACAACACAACGGCAACAGCAGCAACACGCCGGCAACAGUCCAGCAACACACAACAGCAACAACAUCAGCAGCAGCAGCAGCAGCAGCAACGCGCCGGCAGCAACAACAUGUUUGAUCGUCAUCUGAAUGCCAAGUUCAAGCCCACGGGCGGUUCAGCUGGCGCUGGCAAUGCGCCCGCUCGCCGCAAUUCCAUACAGACGCCGGCGCGCGGCGUCAGCGUGGUGGGUGGCACCACCAGCAUCAAGAAGCCGCCGCUGACCAAGGUCAAUUCGCUCGGCGGCAGCGGGCAGCAUCAUCAUCAUCAUCAUCAUGUCGCCACUCACCAGCAGCAUCAUCAUCAGCAGAACAGCAGCAGCAACAACAGCAGCAGCAACAAUAUACAGCGCACCACCAGCGAGAGCUUGCGCCUGAAUGCGCUGAAUCGCGGCGCUGCGGCAGCAGCAACUGUUGUUGCCGAUGCCAGCGCCACAGUCUCGCGCGCCAGCAGCAACAGCAGCCUGGCAACGGCCUCGAGCGCCUCGCUUGCGCCCAAAUCGAGCAGCACCAAUCACACUGCCACGCCAGCAACCAACACCAACACCAACAGCAGCAGCAGCAGCGAUGCCGGCAGCGGCAAGGCCAGCUCGCCCAACAACAAUGGGCGCGGCCUGGGCCUGCAGCAGCAGCAGCAAUGGCAGCAACAGCAGCAGCAGCAGCAGCAGCAGCAACAUCAUGGGCAUCAUCAUCAUCAUCAGCAUCAUCAUCAUCAGCACCACACGAGCCAUAGCCAGGGGCAUCCGUCGGCAACGACAGCAACAAUUGCCGCCGCAGCAGGUGCUGCUGCUGCCUCUGCUGGCGGCGGCGGCGGCGGUGGAGGCAACAAUCGCAAACCAAAGACGACUUCCUCAUUUCAAAUCACCUCCGUGACGGUGGGCCAUGCUAAGCUGAAUGCGGCAGGCGAUACGGGCGAUGAGUCCGCCGAUGAUCUGGACGAAUCUCAUACGGAUGACAAUAGUCGGAUUACGGAUCUGGAGAACGAAACGCCGUCCAUGUCGGAGGACACGUUCUCCAAGGAGGAGGUGUUCUUUGCCAACAAUGCGCUGAGCACCACCGCGCCCGUCAUACCCACCAGUUCACAGUACGGUCUCGUUGUGGUGGAUCCCAUCGGCUCGCCCUCUCUCGGCCAGACCAUACAGAACGUGCAGGUGAAUGUCUCCGACAAUAUUAUAAAUGUGGUGAGUGCGGCUGUGACGCCUGGCGGCACCAAGAAAAAGGACGACAUGAAGGAGACGCAGCAUCGCAGCGAACGCUUCAAGGUGGUCAAAAUUGAGUCGACGGAGCCGUUCAAACGCGGACGCUGGAUGUGCAUGGACUAUCUGGAUCACUCCAGUGUCGGUGCUGCCAACAAUAAUGAAAAGACUGGUAACUCCGAGGCGGCAACUGUUGCUGGCGGCGGCGGCAACAAUAUGGGCGAGGGAUGCGAUUCCACGGCGCCGCCAAAGACAACGCAGAGCAUGAUCCUGCCGCCGAGCAUGCUGCACGAGAAUCAUCUGGAGGCCGCUUCGGCCGAUGCCAAUUGGAAUUUUGCCGAUCAGCAGCAAACGCAGCCGUCGCAGCAGCAACAGUUGCAGGCGGGCGUCGCCGCAGCAGCAGCAGCAGCAGCAGCAACUGCAGCUGGCCAACUAACGGCCACGCCCAGCGGCGUUAUGACCGCCCCCGCGACCGUGGUGCACGGCAUGCAACAAUUUGUGAACGCGGCCAACAGCGAUGCACAGCAACAACAGCAGCAGCAGCAGCAGCAGCAGCAACAACUUUAUGACAGCGUCAAUGCCAACGCGGGCACGCCCAAUGCCAAUGCGGAGGGCAUGCCCCAUGGGCAGACGCUGCCCAUGGACUAUGCCACGGCCGCGGCGCAGCAGCUGCAACAGUCGCUGCAGCAGCUGAAGCAGCAGGAGCAGGCAGCCGCCGCUGCGGCAGCAAUGGAUGUUGCCACCAGCGCUGGCUACAGCAACAGCAGCAACAAUAAUAACAACAACAACAACAACAGCACGACAGCAACAGUUGCUGUCAGCGAGCCGCAGCUGAGCAGCAGCAGCUAUGUGGAUCAACCCUUGUCGCCGGCCGCCCAAACGCCACAAUCGGCGCCGACAUUUGCAGCUGUUGCUGCCGGGCAGCAGCCGGCGCCGCCGACGACCAACUUCCAGCUGGAGGCAACAUCGCAAAUCGAUGGCAUUGCGCCGGCAACUGCAGCAUUUCCAGCCGCAGCUGCAGCAGCAGCAGCAACACAGACUUCAAACACUUCCACUAGCACAGCAGCAACAGUUGCUGGCACAGCAGCAGCAACAGCAGUUGUCACAGCAGCAGCAGCAGCAGCAGCUGCUGUUGGUCAGACUCAGGGGCAAACUUUGCCAUUGCUGUCGCACAUGAACAGCUACGAGCCGCCAACUGUUGCCGCCGCCGCAGCAGCAGCAGCAGCAAUGCCCGCGCUGCAGCUGCAAAGCGCGCCAGCAACAAUUGCCGAUGUGCAGCAAUUGGUCGUCGCUGGCGUGCUGGACGAACAGCAGCAGCAGCAACAAGCAGCCGCAGCAGCUGCAACACAGACUCAACAGCAACAAUUACCGCCAACAAAUAUCGCGAGUGUUAGUGCCAAUAACAACAACAACAAUGUGAACUUAACGAAUGCAACUGCAACAGCAAUAACAACAACAACAGCAACAACAGCAGCUACAGCUGCAACAGCAACAGCAGCGGAAGCAACGACAACAUCGCUCGGCUUGAGCGAUGAACAGCAACAAUCGACAUCGGCAGCAGCAGCAGCAGCAGCAGCAGCAACUGUUGCUGCCACAGCAGCAGCAGCAGCAGGAGCAACAACAACCGCAGGAGCAGCAGCAGCAACAUCAUCGACAACAACACAGCAACAAAUACAACAGCUACAGCAGCAACCAAAUGCAGAAUCGGAGACUGAAAGCUUUGCCCACGCCCACGGCCACGCCCCCGCUGGCACGCCCACAGCCACAGCCAACGGCAGUCGCAAGCGCGCCUUUAGCAAUCCGCACAUCCCCUCCGCCCCGCUGCUCGGCCCCGACGGCCGCCGCCUCCAGCCGCAUCUCUACUACUACGACGAGUCCCGUUCCGGUCGCAGCUCCUUCUGCGUCGACGAAUCCCUCUGGCCCGUGGCCGGCCAAAUCGCUGCCAGCGACGGCGAUCUAUAUACGACGCCCGCCGCAGGCGAUCCAGAGGAUCCGGAGGAAGCCAGCGAUCAGUUCUCGCCGACGCUCUACGGGCGACUCGCGCCCAGCCGGGCCAUACCCAUACCCAGCCACAGCAGCAGCAGCGCCGGCAACAGUCCACAGCAUCAGCAUCCGCUGCACCAGCUCCAUCAGCAUCCGCUCCAUCAUCUUCACCAGCAGCAGCGCUCCCUGAGCAGCGGCUCGGCUGCGCCAGCUGCGGCAGCGGCAGCGGCGGCGGCGGCAGCAGCAGCAGCAGCUGCUGUGGGUUACAUGGCAUUUAGUGCCAGCCCCACGGGAUUCGUGCACGCCUACUCGCCGUUCUAUGGCAGCUCGCCGGAUGCGCUCGGCUCGUAUAGCUAUGAUCCGGCAUUUGGGCCGGGCAUUCAUCGGUUGCAGGUGCCGCGCGAGACGGCUGCAAGACGUCCACGCUCGCCGCUGGAUGGCGCCACUGUGAUGGCUGUCAACAGUGCAUCUGGAACAAGUGCAGUUGCGAUUGACAACAAAAUCGAACAGGCAAUGGAUCUGGUCAAAUCGCAUCUCAUGAUAGCGGUGCGCGAGGAGGUGGAAGUACUGAAAGAGCGCAUCUCCGAGCUAAUGGAUAAGAUCUCCAAUCUGGAGCUGGAGAACAACAUACUCAAAUCGAACAUGUCGCCGGAGACGCUGCAACAGUUGCAAAUGCAGCUGCAAAUCGCUGGCAGUCAGCAGCCAGCUGCGGUGGCAGCGCCGCCCGCAACGCCAGCUAUACAAGCGGCGCCGACCGCAACAGCAGCAGCCGUAACAGUGGCAGCGACGCCGGCGUCGGCAGCAGCAACCAGCCCAGCGGCGUCGGCAGCGCCAACAGCAGCAACAGUUAUUGUCGCCAAUGGCGGCGGCGUCGGCGCAGAGAACGGCAGCAGCAGCAGCGGCAGCGGCGUUGACGCAGCAAUUGCUACAGCCUCAAUUGUGGACGCAGCGCAGCCAGCGGCGAACGGAAGCAGCGGCAUAGCGGCAGCGGCCAUCAGCACAAACGGACCAAUGUCCUAAGCUGUUUGUUAGUUUGUUUUAAUCGUAAUUUUAUUAAUGUGGCCCAUUGUCCAGGGGCACUGGAAUGUCGAAAUAAUUGAAAAUGUCAACUCUAAAACUUUGUCGCCGCGACAGAGUAAAGCGUUAGCAGCCCCCCGUUCCCCCUUCCAGUAACAAUGCCCCAGCAACAGCAGCAGCGCAGCAACGUUAACAAAGCAGACAACAGCAACAACAACAAAAGUAUUACAGAAAAGCUCAAGCAGAGCGAGAGCGAGAGCGUGAGCAAAAGAAGAGGAGAGAAAGUGGAAGUGAGUUCUGCUGCUGUUAACGUUGCUGUUGCGCGCUGUUAGCUGCGGCUGUUGCUGUCUGGUAGCACUGCUGCAGCCGCCAUUUUGUUAAUUUUUCGAUUGUGAUAUUUGUUUAACACACAUACCUUCACACAUACACACUCACACACACACUCACACUCAAUCGCACACAGGCAUAGUUAGAUGGAUAGACUGCGCGUUAACAGCCUGGCUGCGGCUGGCCAACAGCUGUUAGCGAACGCUUUAACAGAGUGUUUUUAUUAUUAUUUAACAGUGCGCUGCUGCGCCAAUUAACAUUCAGGUUCAAUAUACACAGUGAGAAAAAAA